CUCGAUAUUUUCUGCGAGUCUUUCAUUCAAUUUGUCGAAUGAUACAUCGCGAUUACGUGAGACACCGUCGACCGAAAACGUGAUUCGGGUCUCCCUUGUGACAGAUUCUUGGCCUCGCACGCCGCACUGUGCACCCGAGGAGACUUGGAGAGACGAGACACAACCGUCAUUCCCUGAACGGAUGGAUCUGGGCUGCGCUGCUACGUGAGCAGGACCGUAAGCUGUUUUCAAACUAGGUGGGUGUAAAGCAGGCCGGAUUAUGGGCGUCGGCUUCGGGAAAACGACCACCAUGUUGCUCCUCAUCCUCCUCUCCGCCAUUUCCGCCCUCGGAGCGCGGGUCCUUCUACCGGAGCUUACGGGGCCCUACGGCGUCGGCCUCAGGAACAUCGAGCUCGUGGACGACGGACGGCCAGACCCGUUCUCGCCGUCUGGGGCGCCGCGAGACCUCAUGGUUACCCUGUUCUACCCGACCGCCUCCGCGUCCUCCUCCUCCUUCAACUUUCCUCUCGCGCCGCAGUUCUCGCCCGCGACGGCGUCGCACGUGGAUGGCGUGUUCUCCUGGACGCCGGGCACAGCGGCCUCGCUGACCACGCGCGCGCGCCUCGGCGCACGCCCUCUCGCCGCCGACGCCGGCGCGGGCGCGGCGCCGGUCCUGCUCUUCAGCCACGGGUUCGGGUUCGCGCGCGGGCUGUACGCGGCGCUGCUGCAGGACCUCGCGUCGUGGGGCUGGACCGUGGCCGCGGUCGACCACCCGUACGACGCGGCCGUCGUCGAAUACCCCGACGGCCGUGUGGUGCGCGCGCGCGGCUGGCGCUGGCCGCUGGAGCCGGCCGUGCGCGAGCUCGCGAUCGACGUGCGCGUCGCCGACUUGCUGUUCGUCCUCGGGCGGCUGGAGAGCGGGCUGCAGGGCCGAGAACGGAUGGCUUGGGGCGAAAUCAGGCCCGGCGAGAACGAUGAGUUGAUCACAGCAGUGAACGUCUCGCGCGUCGCGGCUCUCGGCCACUCGUUCGGCGGCGCCGCGGCCGUAGGCACGCUGCUGAACUCGUCCGCGGUGGUGGCGGCGGCAGACCUAGACGGAUUCCUCUACGGCCCGGUGGUGCGGCUAGGCACCGAAAAACCAGUGCUGGUUCUCGGCUUCCCGGAGCACGUCGCUACAGACGACCCCACAGCCGCGCCGGGGUGGCCGUCCCUACAUGGUUGGAAGAGGGAUUUCACAGUGGCCGGGACGGUGCACGAGAGCUACUCCGACUAUCCCGUAUUUCGAGACAUUUUCGGGGGCAGAGAAGGCCCAGAGACUGGGGGUGUGCCGGGGACGAGGAUGGCGGAGAUUAUGAGGACCUAUAUCGAUGCAUUCUUCAGCAGGUUCCUGCUAGGCGUUGACGAUGAUGGGUUCCUCAGUGGCAAUAGCAGCACAUUUCCAGAAGUGACGCUCAGGAGAGGCGGGGGCGUGAGCGAAAAGCUGCGAGUGAAGACUACUGAUGCAUCUACGGAUACGAAGGAUCUCGAGAUUGUUGUAAACGUCUCCCAGCCCCGCGCGCUGUCAUAG